UUGAAAAGAGGCUUCAAUUCUGUAGGAAGGUGCUGUAGGGUUGGUAGAUAGAUGCCAGCCAUGCCUAAAAGCAGAAUUUUUGAUGUGGUGAAAAACUGUGAAAUUGUUCACUACAGAUGAUCUGGUAAGCAAGGUAAGCAUCAGGCUUACCUUCCUUAUUGGAUAAUCUGCCCUUGGCUGAGGAUCACUUAAAAAACAAAACAAAAACCAGUUGCCACUGAGUCAGACAGUGAGGAAUGUAGAAGAUGAUACAAGGUAGAGGGGAGUUGCUUAGUACCAUGGGAGAUAAAGUUACUGAAGCGGGGGAGUAGAGGCUGAUACUGAGAUAGAGGCACACGAUCCCUGAGGAAGCAGAAGGGGCUGAGUCUACAAUUAGCCUUGUAGAGGAGGAAAGGCACUUCUAUGGAGACAUAUAAGAAGGCAUUAAGAAUAUAUGGGUAAGCAGAGAAUGUUAUAGGACCAUAGCUAGUGGGAAUGACAGUCAGUUACCUCCAUGUGGCUUCUGUUAUUUUCUUCUGGAAGUUGGAGGCAGGUCAUCUACUAUGAAUGAUGGAGGAAGUAUCACAGAAGAGAGGACUCGGGAAGACCAGGGAAAUUUCUAAUAGCCUUGGCUGGGAACAACAAGUAGAGCUGAUCAAGGACUCAAGACUGGGGACAAUGCUAAAGUUUUUAGUGCCACUGUAACCUUGACAUGGCACCAGUCAACAAGUUUUGUGAUCUUGUUUAGCCAUGUUCAGCCUGGAAUAGAGAUGGUGGAUGUUACCUAAAGUAUGGUAGAAUUUUCCCCUUCCUUGCGGGAGAUCAGGGCUCAAUUCCCGGCCAAUGUAUCUCAUGUGUGGCCACCAUCCAUCAAUAAGUGGAGGCUUAUGCAAUGCUAUGAUGCUGAAAAGGUUUCAGCGGAGCUUCCAGACUAAGAUGGACUAGGAAGAAAUGCCUGGAAAUCUACUUUCAAAAAUCACCCAAAGAAAACCCUGUGGAUCACAGUGGUCUAAUCUACAGCUCAUCAUGGAGAUGGCACAUUUUGUUAUGAUGUGCGUGGAUUGCUGUGAGUCGGAGACUGACUCAGUGGCAGCUAACAACAACAACAGAGUUGAUAGUAGGGCAAGUAGCCAAGGAUAGUGACAGUAGUGGUGAAAGAUGAAUUGAAAGCUGGACCAUAGGUCUAUAUUGGAUGGAGCAGGGUGUAAAUCUUGAAGGAUUGAAGGAGGCUAAUUCAGGGAACUGGAGGCAUCAAACGCUAACCAAAAUGUCAACAGUUCAAAUCUACCAGGCUCUCCUUGGAAAUUCUAUGGGGCAGUUCUACUCUGACCCAUAGGGUCGUAAGGAGUCGGAAUCGCCUUGAUGGCAACAGAUUUGGUUUUAUGGGUUUGGAGGAAUCAAAAGGAGCCCUGAUGGUACAGUGGUUAAGCAUUUGGCCACUAAACGAAAGGUCGGCGGUAGUUUGAACCCAUCAGCUGCACCAAGGGAGAAAGAUGUGGCACUCUACUUCAUUAAAGAUUAUAGCCUGGGAAACUCUAUAGGGUGGUUCUAACCCGUCUUACAGGGUCACCCUGAGUCAAAAUCCACUCAACAGCAAUGGGUUUUUUAGUUUUUGUUUUUUUCUUGGAGGCAUCAAGGCACUCAUGAAGAGGAGGAUUAUUUAGUAUUAAUGAUUAUUGUCAACUUUUAUAUGGCGUUUACUAGGGGCCAGACACAUUUACUUCUCAUAGCAACUCUAAGAGUUGUGCCCUAUUAUCAUCCCCAUUUUAAAGAUGAAGAGAUUGAAUCAGAAAGUUUCAGCAUGUUUUCCAAGGUUCUUCAGUUAUUAACUGGCAGAUCAGGGAUUGGAAACUAGUGGUCCAACUCCAUAGGCCAUGCAUGCUCUUGAUAACCAAGGGUUCAAGGAACAAGAGUGCUGGGAGGAGAGGGGCUUGUGGUCUGGAAUCGGAUAUUGUGGUUUAAGAUUUCAGUGGUAAACUAUUUCAGGAUAAUUGCAACAAAAAGCUCUUGCAGAAAGUGUGUAGCUGAAUUUACACUGGAAGUAAAGGUGGUUGGAGUUGAGGAGGCCCAGGAAGUGUGAGGCCAACAGUUGCAUGGGUCAUCCAACAAUAGCGUCUACAGUCUGAUGUUUAUUCCCAGAGGCAUUGCCUGUGCCAUUAGCAGGCCCAAUACUCUGAGCACAUGGAGAAUGCCAACCAAACUGGAAUGAUUCACUUCCACUUCCAUCCCUUCUCCAAACUCCCUGAGGUGCAAAUGUUGAUUUUUGUGGCUUUCCUGAUUAUGUACCUGGUCAGCAUCAGUGGAAACUUCUCCAUUUCCAUCAUCAUCUGGAUCCACCAUUCUCUCCACACCCCCAUGUACUUCUUCCUGGCCAACUUGGCAGCCCUGGAGAUCUGCUAUUCUUCCACCAUUGCCCCUCUGACUCUGGCCAGCAUCCUGUCCCCUGAGAGAACUAUAAUCUCCCUUCCUGGGUGUGGCACCCAGAUGUUCUUCUUCAUCUUUCUGGGCAGCGCUGAUUGCAUUCUGCUGGCCCUCAUGGCCUAUGAUCGGUUUGUGGCCAUCUGUCACCCUCUACAUUACACUCAUAUCAUGAGCCAACGGUUGUGUGCCCAAAUGACCCUGGGGUCUCUGGUGCUGGGAUUUACCUUGGCCGUGCAGUUGACUGUGCUCAUCUUCCGACUCCCCUUCUGCAGCAGUAAAGAAAUCAGCCUCUUCUAUUGUGAUGUCCUCCCUGUCAUGAGACUAGCCUGUGCAGAUACCCGGGUUCAUGAGGCCACUCUGUUUGUGGUCAGCGUCACUGUCCUCACCAUUCCAUUCCUGCUCAUCACUCUCUCCUAUGUCUUUAUUGUGGCUGUCAUCCUAAAGAUCCGCUCCGCAGAAGGAAGACACAAGGCCUUUUCCACCUGCUCCUCCCAUCUCACUGUGGUCCUCCUCCAGUAUGGAUGUACAAGCCUCAACUACUUGUGCCCCAGCUCCCGGUACUCUCCUGAGAGGGGCCAGGUAGUGUCUGUGGUUUACACAUUCAUCACUCCUGUGCUGAACCCCUUGAUCUACAGCAUGAGGAACAGAGAGCUUAAGGAUGCUUUAAAGAGAGCAAUGAUGAGGUUCUUGCUGCCCCAAACAUAAUGAGUACUCUGGAUGUUUACCUGGAACAUUGUUGGGGGACACAAAUGAGUGCACUGUCUGAAAGAAGUGGAGAGGAGGAGAUCAAGAAGUUAUUGUUUUUAUACUUUUACUUCUUCCUGAUUAUAUUGUUUUUGAAAAGUCAUUGCCCAUUUCUCAGUUUCAAGUUCUUCAUCUGUAAAAAGGGGAUUAAAAUGCCUGCAGUAUCUAAAUUCAGUUGUGUUGUCAGUUGCCAUUGAGUGGGGGCCAACUCAUGGCAACCUUAUAUGUAAUAGAACAACACGUUGCCUGGUCCUGCACCACCUUCAUGAUCUUUGGUAUGUUCGGGUCUACCUUCGUGGUUAUUGUGUAGAGCCUGUCAAGCUAGGGGGGAUCUCUGGCGUAGUUAUGAGGAUUAAAAGACACAUUAAGUGAAAAUGCCUUGUGAGUUCUAACGUGAGAUAUAGCAGUGUAUGUGAUUAUACUGUCCUCACCACCCCAUGUAAAAUCUACGUCCUACUUUGGAACUAUCUCUAGAGACAGCUCUUGGGUUCUUAUUAGUCCCCAACGUUGCACAUCUGGGGAGAGGUGAAGUCAGGAAUAAAGUGGAAGUCAAACUGGACUAUCCCAACCACUCCUCCAUAAUUUCCGUGGUGUAAAUGGUCAGCUUGCACCUUUCUGAAUGUUUGGUCUUUCAUCAUAAAAUGUCUUCCAGGGAAAGGGGAUGGGGAAAGCAUUGGGGUUUGAAGGCUUGGUAGUCCCUCUUUUCUUACCUUUAUACCAGGAGCCAAUCUGUCUCCUAUCUCCAUCUCUGACUCUAUUAGUCUGCCUACAAGUUGCUCUCUCCAUUCCCAUCCUCCCUAUCUCUCUCCCUCUUUGUCUCUGUCUCUGUUUCUCCAUCCACACCCACCCCACACACACACCUCAUGUAUCCCUUUCUUUCUGGCUGUCCUUAGCUGUGUGUGAUAAUUAAGGUU